AUGAGCUAUCCAAAUAACCCACCAAUUUCAUUUCCUCAGCCAACUAUUCGGUCAAAUACCUAUGUUCCUUCUAUUCAACGCAGGCCCUCUUCCUCGCCUUCGCUUCAAAAAGAAAUUUCACCUCCCCUUCACCGAAGAGGAAGUACAGGAAAUUCUCCAAUGAGUUCGAUCGAAAACACGGUAACGCAAUUAUUAUUUACUACGAAAUCUUUGUUGGAGGCGUUGACCUCAUGGUCUAAUGGGCAAGUGAGUGGUCAGCAAGUUUCUGAUGUCUACGUGAAGCUUGGCAGUGAAUUGAAUAAGGUCGUACGUUUAUUUGGUCAAGCGGGGGUAGAUAUGAGUGAUAUGACAAAUAUUACUCAAGAUUUAAGGGGGUGUCUUGAAAGAGCUUUGGGUGAAGUGCCUUCACCAGCUUCAUUGGAACAACAUCUUCCUAGUAUCAGGGAUAUUAUAGUAAAGUUAUUGCAAGGUUUGAAAGCGAAACAAAGUGCAUAUCGUCAGUUAAAUGAUAAUGAUGCGCCGCAGUUGAAUUCAACAAAUCCUCAAAUAUCCAUCGACGAUAAUAGUUCAUCCGAUCCUAUGAAUACAUUGAAGUCUAGUAAAAAUAUAGAACGCCGAGCAUCAAGACGACAUUCGAUUUACACGAUGCAGAAGAGCUUAGGUUCAAAGUAUGGUUCACGUUCGAAUCGAGGAGGAUUAAUGCCGCCGAGAAUUGUUGAAAAAGAGGAGGAUGAAAUAACAAACGGCGAAAAUGACGAGGAAAAAAAAGAGGAACCGGUCAUUCCACAUGAUAUGUCACCUCCACCCGAAUACGCACCGCCUAAUGAAGAGUCUAGCACGGUUAAUAAUAAUACAGUAACAAAGGAUGAACAGGAUAAAACUCUAACACUAUACUUACAACUGGGAAAAGAUGUCAAAAAGAUAAAGUACGAUGGAGAUAUAAGCAUUUCAGCAUUGAGAAUACUGUUUAUCGAGAAAUUUCAGUAUAAUCCCGGAAUGGAUGAUUUUCCAAAUAUUUAUAUUAGGGAACCACAACUUGGAAUACUGUAUGAGUUAGAAGACCUCAGAGAAGUCAAGAACAAUUCUGUUUUGGCAUUGAAUGUAGAAGCUUUGGAACAAGUUAAGAAACAUAUUGACCAAAGUAUCUCUGAAUUAACGAGGGAGAUACGUGAUGUCAAAAAAUCAAUUAUGGAAACGGAAUUGAAAAGUCGAGUUAACGUUGUGUCCGCUGCUCCAUCGCCAAGCGCAAGUCAAUUCAGAUCUUUAGCAAAAAAAGUCGUUGCAAAUGUUAAGGAACAAAAUGAAGUCAACGACAAAAAAACGAAAGAACAGAAAGAUGAACUCGUGGCUAAAAUUACCAACGACCUUCGGAAUCAAUUUAACGAAGUUCAAAAUCUUCGAAGAGAUUUGGGAGUAAUCAGACAGGUUUAUACUGAGUUCCAGGGGGAAACAAAAAAAUUAUUUGAAUCGUUAGGUGCGCAGACGGCAUCGGUAAAAAAUGUUGCCUUAACGAAUGUCAGUUCAUCACGGACAUUUAUCGAGGAGGGUAAAACGAAAUUGAAUAACCGCACAAGUAGUCUGCUAACGAAGGUUAAUGAGCUCCAAGACAUUAUAGACGAAUUAAAGGUGGACGUUACCCAAAGAAGGGCAAAACCGAGGGAAACAACAGUUCAGCAGAUAAGGAAAGACGCGGAGAAUGUUGAACAAGAAUUAGAUUCAUUGCAACAGUACGUCAAGACUGUUAAACCAACAUGGAAAAAAACAUGGGAGGAAGAAUUGCAGUCGAUUGUUGAUGAACAAAAAUUCUUGAACCAUCAAGAAGAACUCAUUGAGGAUUUACAAGAAGAUAAUAAAAAGGUGACUGAGGUCCUCGAAAAUAUCCUUAAAGUUGUUGAGAUUCAAGUAUCUAGGCCGAAAGAAUAUUUUGUCAAGCCAAAGGAAGAAGGCUUCGAGGGGCUUAAAACCGUUCUCCAGGAAAUCAAGGGUAUUCCUCCUGAUCAUGAGAGGCGAUUGAAAGCUCUAGAGCAAUCUGAAAGGAUGCGAGAGCGGGAACUAGCUAAUCGCAUUGAUGAAUUCGAAGCGGAGUUGUCGGAUUUUGUGAGUAAUAAUAAGUUGAAAAAGACGGGUGGAGCUCAGGAAAUCGAAAGAUUACGCCAAAAGAAGAACGAGGAUGCUUUAAAAGAACUAUUUAAGGCAAAUAAAUCAAAUCCAGAAGACGAAACGCCAUAA